AUCUCUAUGGGAAUUUUUGAUCUCACUGUAAAUGGGAGCUUUUUUUGCUUCUUGUUUUGUAGCUGUCUUUGCUGAACAUGUCUUGCUGUGAAAGCAGACGGAUUCAAGGCCCUCCUUCUCACCAUGCCAUUUGGUCAGUUACUUGUAAAGGAGACAUCUUUGUUAGUGAGCCAAGUCCUGAGCUGGAGGCCGGACCCCAGCUGAUGCCGUGUGAUCAAAUGUUCUGGCGGCAGGUGGGAGGUCACCUGCGGCUGAUCGAGAGCAACAGCCGGGGCGUGGUGUGGGGCAUCGGCCACGACCACACUGCCUGGGUUUACACGGGGGGAUAUGGAGGUGGCUUCAUCCAAGGACUGGCCAGUAGUGCUGAUAACAUUUAUACACAGUCAGAUGUGAAAUGUGUUUACAUCUAUGAGAACCAACGGUGGAACCCAGUCACUGGAUACAGCAGCAGAGGUCUGCCCACAGACAGAUACAUGUGGAGUGAUGCCUCUGGCCUGCAGGAAUGUACAAAGACCAACACCAAGCCUCCUUCUCCACAGUGGUCUUGGGUCUCAGACUGGUACAUUGACUUCAGCCCGGCGGGCGGCACGGACCGGGAGGGCUGGCAGUAUGCAGCUGACUUCCCAGCGUCCUACCACGGCCACAAGACAAUGAAAGACUUUGUCAGACGGAGGCGCUGGGCAAGAAAAUGUAAGAUAGUCACCAACGGGCCAUGGCUGGAAGUGCCUCCUGUUACCCUGUGGGACAUCUCCAUAAUUCCCAGUUCAGAUGCAGAUGAUGAAGAAGCAGUAGCACUGUGGGCAAUCAGUGACAAAGGAGACGUGCUCUGCAGGCUUGGAGUGACACAGCAAAAUCCAGCUGGAACAUCCUGGCUGCAUGUGGGAACAGAUCAGCCCUUCAUUUCCAUCUCCAUUGGAGCAUUUCACCAAGUGUGGGCUAUUGCUAGAGAUGGUUCUGCUUUCUACCGGGGCUCAGUGUCUCCAAGCAAACCUGCAGGUGACUGUUGGUACCAUAUCCCUUCACCUCAGAAACAGAAGUUAAAGCAAGUCUCAGUAGGACGAACAUCUGUGUUUGUCUUGGAUAAAAAUGGCAAUCUUUGGUACAGGCAGGGAAUCACACCCAGCUACCCUCAAGGAUCCACCUGGGAUCACGUUUCAAACAACAUCCGUAAAAUGUCCAUAGGGCCCCUGGACCAGGUGUGGGUGAUAGCUGACAAAGUGCAGGGCAGCCACAGUCUGAGCUGUGGGACCGUCUGCCACCGGACUGGUGUCCAGCCAAUGGAGCCCAAAGGCCUCUCCUGGGAUUAUGGCAUUGGGGGUGGGUGGGAGCACAUUACAGUCAGAGGAAAUGCAACAGAAGCAUCUCGGGCUGCUGUACCUGACACCGCUGAGGAAAACCCAGCAGCAUCGAAGGAGGGAGAAGAUGAGGAGAGUAAAGGGAAAACAGAACACUCUAAGACCCCUCUGAUGGUCAGUGAAAGUCAAGAAUUGGACAGAAAUUCUGUUAGCUGUUAAACUGUUGCCAUCUACAUAUUGCUAACAAGUAGUAGGCAAUAGUUUAAAUAUAAAUCAAUGUCUGCUGCUUGGAGAGAAAAACAUGACAGUUUUGUGCUACUAAUAUGUUUGACUGAACUGAAUGGGGUAUUUGCAAUGGGGUAUUUUAAGUACUGAAUCCUUCUACUGCAUCUUGUGUAAAAUGUGACUUGAUAGAGUUUAUAGUUUUGUCAAAGCAGGCAAGGUUUUUAACCACAAUGUAUUUCUGACCCUUUACCAUAGCUGCUACACACCAUACAAAUGUGAAUAUCUGCGCCAAUCAUCACUGGAUUUACUUUUUUUUCUAUGCUCCCUACAUUUCUGUCAUACUCACACAUCUUGCACACUGUCCUUGAGAUUCAUCUUUGAGCCCAGAUGAAGAUGUUGUUUCAAUUUGAAUGAAUGGUAGGCAAGCACAGCUGGUCCUGUUACACAUGCACAGAGCUCUGCUCAUGGGAGGGCUCUGUGUGUAAGGAUGGUGUUGGGUGAGGCUGUUCUUGUUCCCAUCAGCAAAAUCAAAUUCUGUACAACUCUGCUUAGGCUGCAGUUACCAGGAAGGGCCAGUUUUUGCUGUCUUUGCUCACAGUGAGCAAUGUGUUAACCAGGCAGCAGAACCCCUGGUUUCAGGGAUCCACUGGAGAGCCCAGUCCUGGUCAGGUGGGUUCAGCAAUGUCUCACUCUGAACUGUCACUGCAAGUGCUGGGAAAUCAUUUCUGUCUUCAGCUGAACUGAAACUGGGAUAACUGAGGUCCACAGAUGCCUGCCUAAGGAGGCUGAAAGGCACCAGACUCUGGCUACUGUGUUCCAGAUCAUUGCAAAUUAUGCUUUCAUACUGUACAAGUCAAGGGAAGGUCUUAAAUUCUGCCCUUACAGUGGUAGGAAUGCAAAACCACUUUAGUGAGAGCAGUGGAGUUUGCCAGCGUGCACUUCAGAAUGAAGCUCUGCUUUUCUUCAGUAAGUGAUUUAUUAAUCCCUUUUUCCAACAUGAAAUCAUUUUCUAUUCUCAAAAAGGCUUUUUUUCCUGACUUAUUUAUCAUAAUUGGACAGUUUACAUAAUUUCUCCUCUCUGUGUGUGACUGUAUAUGAAGCUAUUUUUAUAUGAUGAAUAGUUUGGUGUGGUCUGAGUACUGUAUUUGUAGAAGUAAAACUUGUUUGCACGUAUUUAAAGAAUAUAUUUGGUAUUUAAUGCCAAGGAAAGCACUGUUUCCAAGUCCAAAUGUGAAUGAAGAAUGAAGAUGCUUUACUGUUAAAAAAAGAACCUGUUGAUCUUUCCAGUAUGUGAUUAGAGAUUUCUGAUUUAUACAUAUAUUGUGGGAGAACCAUAAAUAAUGUGUUGCAUUAAUUACCAUAAUAGAUUUUGCAUAACUUGCACAGUAUCUUGUCCAAAUAAAUAACUUUAUUACAUGUAUUUUUAGAGAAUUACUAGGAUUGUAUUUUUUCUGCAUUGUUUCAAGAUUUUUCCUUUUAAUAGUCAGUGUUUACAUCUCCAACAGUCAACCUAUUUGCAUACAAUAAGAUUUAUAACAUACUUUUGCAUUUUUCCCCAUAUUGCCAAGUUUCACUUACUUUACUGUAAAAAGCUGGGUUUAUGUGAAAAAAAAGUUGUUAGUUGUUU